AUGUCGGAGACACACCCAUGGUACCGCUCACUAGAAUCUCUCGCUCAUCAGCCAGGCUUGAACCAUCCUCUCACCCUCAAGUUGUCCGCUACUCUUUCGAUCCAAAAUGGAAGAAGCGAAAGCCCUAGUCCGCAUGGCCGUCCGCUCCUUCUUCGCCGAGCCCAAACAGAUCCUCAUCAUCGACGCAUCCUGACGCACGGCUGCCUCCACAUCGACGACAUCCACGACCUGACCGGUCUCCAAAACAAAGAAGCCCGCUCCUACCUCCAGCCCCUGAUCGCGAACCGCUUCGUCACCAGCUCGAUCCACAAGGAAUUCAACCUGCGCACCCAAAAAGCCCAGGACCGCAUCUACUACUGGUGCAAGUCCUCCGACGCAGUCAAUGUUAUCAAGUACCGCAUCAUCCAGCUCCGACAGGAAAUCACCACGGAAUACCAGGUGAAAGCUGGACCAGAUUUCUGGCUAUGUCCGCGAUGUAAAAGCACGUUCAAGGAACUGGACAUCGUCCCCUCCGGGCCCGAAGGCAACAUGUUGUGUCUGCGAUGCAGCCACGAACUGGACAUCAACCCCGCCGCCACCCAAGACAAGGACUCGCACGAGGGCAUCAUGCGGCUGAACGAGCAACUCGCCCCCUUCAACUCCCAAAUCGCCGAAGUCGAUCUCAAAAUCGCGCGGGGCGACUUCAGAGAGCUGACCUUCGACGAGACCUUCAGCCGGCGGAAACCCGUCCCCAAGGAGAUCUCCGGGCGCACAGAGGACAACUGGGCCGAUCUCAAGCAGGGUCGGGAGCGCGAUAAGGCCGCCGGUGCGGUGAACGAGGACGACAUCAACCUCAACCUCACCUCCGCAGCCGCUCUGUCAAAAGAGGAAGCAGAGAGGGAAGCCGAGCGCAAACGCCGCAUCGCCAACAACAGCCUCCUCCCCGACUGGCACGCCGGCGGUGUCGUCAACGGAGCUGGCUCCUCCCUCGACAUCCGCGGCGGAAGCAACAAGAGAAACACCACCAAUGGCCUCCCUGUUGCAACACUCAAGGCAGAGGAUUCCGACGAGAAGAAACCCAUCAUCCCCACAACCGCCGCUGACGAGGACACCAAGCCCAGCAUCCCACCCGCGGAAACCAAGGAACAACGCGAGCAAGACAUCAUGGAGCAGUACAUGCUCGACAUGCAGCGCGAGCAAGCUGAAGCCGACCGGAAACGCCUUCAGGAAGCCGAGGAAGAAGACGAAGAGGACGAGGACGAUGACGAUGAGUUUGAGGAUGUUCCCGGCACGGGAACGCCUGCGGCUGGCACGCCGAUCGACAGCAGUCAGGACAAUAACAUUCAGGCUUCGAGGGAGUUUGAGGAUGAUAGCUCGGAGGCGGCUACGCCGGCAUCGUUACCACCGACGGACGUGAGAGAUGACAAGCGGAUCAAGCUUGAGCAGCAGCAGGCGGGUGACGAUGGGGACAGCGAGGAGGAGUUCGAGGACGUGGGCUGA